GGAAAGAAUGAAAAUGAGAAUGAAAAGCGAGAACUGAUUUUCAAGGAAGAUGGUCAGGAAUACGCGCAAGUAACUAAAAUGUUGGGAAACGGCAGACUUGAGGCAUUUUGUUUUGAUGGAAUAAAGCGACUUUGCCACAUUCGAGGAAAAUUACGGAAAAAAGUAUGGAUAAAUCAAUCAGACAUUAUUUUGGUUGGUUUACGGGACUAUCAAGAUACAAAAGCCGACGUAAUUAUGAAGUAUACAGCUGAUGAAGCUAGGAAUUUACGUAACUACGGAGAAAUACCUGAAAAUGUCAGAAUUGAGGAAGGAGAACAGGAGGAAGAACUAGUACAAUUUGACAAUUACUCCUCUGAGGACGAAGUCGAUGAAAUCGAUCAGAACGAAGAACACCGACUUUGGGGAGGUAGGUUUGACGGCGAACCUGAUGAAAUUAUGAGAGCUCUAAACGACUCUAUUCAUUACGAUAAGACCUUAUGGAAAGUUGAUUUGAAAGGAAGUAAAGCCUACGCAAAAUCACUUGCAAAAACCGGCUUGAUCACUGAAAAUGAAUGUGAACUCUUGGUAAACGGGUUAGAUAAGGUAGGAGAAGAAUGGAGCAAUAAUACUUUUGAAAUUAAAAGUGGAGAUGAAGAUAUUCAUACCGCCAAUGAAAGAAGGCUAAAAGAGUUAAUUGGUGCCGUAGCAGGAAAACUCCAUACUGGAAGAAGUAGAAAUGAUCAAACAAUGACAGAUACAUGUCUAUGGCUUCGAGAUGCAAUCGAUACUUUAUCUCAAGAGCUUACAACAUGUAUUAAAUUUUUUCUUAAAAGAGCAGAGAAAGAUAAAAAUAUUAUAUUCCCCGGCUAUACACAUCUACAAAGAGCCCAGCCGAUUCGAUGGAGUCAUUGGAUUCUAUGUUACGUUUUUCAAUUGAAAAGAGAUUUAGAAAGACUAUUUGAAGUAAGGAAAAGAGUAAAUGUUCUCCCUCUGGGCUGCGGAGCUCUUGCUGGUAAUCCUUUCGGUGUUGACAGAGCAUUCUUGGCGAAGGAAUUAGGAUUUGAAACUGUUAGCGAUAACAGUUUGGAUACAGUUGGUAGUAGAGAUGCUAUUCUUGAAUUUUUACAAUGGGCGAGUAUGACCUCUCUGCAUCUAAGUCGAUGGGCCGAGGAUUUAAUUAUAUACUCCUCAAAGGAAUUUUCUUUUGUAACAUUAUCAGAUACCUAUAGUACUGGUAGCAGUCUUAUGCCUCAAAAGAAGAAUGCUGAUUCGUUAGAAUUGAUUCGAGGAAAAGCUGGUCGUGUUUAUGGUUUAUUAACAAGUAUGAGCUGCAUAGUUAAAGGCUUACCAAUGACUUACAAUAAAGAUUUACAAGAGGACAAGCAAAGUAUUUUUGAAGCUUUUGGUAUUAUGCAAUCGGUUAUUAAAAUAAGUGGAGCAGUUUUACACACACUAACGGUGAAUGAAGAUUCUUGUACUAAAGCACUGAGUGCUGAUAUGCUUGCAACCGAUUUAGCAUAUUUUUUAGUUCGCAAAGGCGUUCCGUUCAGAGAAGCUCAUGAAAUGGCUGGCAAAUGUGUUGCGUUAGCUGAGAAGAAGAAAGUUUUGUUGAGUGAAUUGACGUUGUCUGACUUUCAAGGAAUUAACCAAAAUUUCGACGAAACCGUAUUAAAGGUUUGGAACUAUGAGCAAUCUGUAGAGCAAUAUACAAGCUACGGUGGUACUAGUCUAAAGUCAGUUGAAGAACAGAUAAAGAAUGUAAAGCAGUGGUUAGCCGACAAGGAAAUCUAG